AGCAGCGCGCGAACCGCCGGCGUCGUGACGCUCCGAAAUGAUCGUCGCGCGUCACUACGUAUUCGAGAGCAUCGUCAUCUGGCGAUCGUGGUCUCGGCAUCCUUCCAAAAAUCACGAAAAUCGGCGAUAUAUUUAACAUCCUACGAAAUAAAUCGAGCGUGAAAAUCACGAUAUUCAGAAAACGCGAAAAAAAUAAUCAAAUAAAUCAGUAAAGUUAAGAUAAAAAAAGACAAAAACGCGAGAGAGGGAUAUCUGAUUAGACGUGUGUCGAAACGUAUAUAUGCACGUUUCUCUAUGUACACAUAACGGACGGACGCCCUGUAUAUGUGUAUAUAUGUUAUUAUAAAAGAAAUAAUAAAAAUAAAAUUAAGAUUACAUAAAUAAAGAAAUAUAUAAGAAUUAUAAAUAAAGAAAUUGUAAAAAAAGCCGUGAUAAAUUAGAAGACAGAUAAUUGCACAUAGAGAAUCCGUUUUUGUGUGUGUAUUAUAUGUGUGACCAUAUAUAUAUAUAUACAUAUGUACAUAUAUAUAUAUAUAUAUAUAUAUAUAUAAAUCUCUGUCAUUAUCAUUUUUUUUGUCGUGUCACUUCUUUGUUUCGCGAAUCCCUCGAGGAUGCGCGAGCUCCAGUAGUUACACCGGCCUAAUAUCUAAUCUCUCGUGUAAUCGCGUGGGCGAAGCGUCGCGACGCCUCUACAUUCCAAGAGAUUUGUUCCGUCGCAAAACCUAGUGAUAACGAGACCACCGUCAGCCUCUUCGGCGUGACCGAAGAAAUUGCCACGGUUCAUCCGGACUCUUCAACAGUGAGAGGAAUGACCGUCGUUCUGCCCAGAAGCGCAAGUUUCGUCGCGACAUGUUAAUUGCCUAACUGUCGCCGUUUCUCUCCGAAUAAACGUCAAAGCAAAUCGGCGAAACGGUAUUGCUGUUAAUAAUAUCAAUACAAGCAUAUUAUAUUUAUAUAGUGUAGAAAUUAAAUGUAAUUAAAUUCUUGACAUAUAUAAAUGACUCUGUCAACGUGACGAUUGAACAUUUUUAAAAUAUAUCGCUGCCAAAGAACAGUGUAAAUUGAUUCUGUGCUAAAAUUCAAAAGUAAGCGUGAGCAUGUGAUCCCCUGGAAACGAGCUAUCUUGAUAUAAAUAUCUGCGAUAAUAUCAUUGCUCGACCAUUCAUAUAAAAUCCUCAACAUUUACUCACUGCCACCUUACAAAUUAAUGGAUAAGGAGAAGAAAUCGGUGUUACCUCUAAUAAGAAUCUUUUGUUAUAAUUUACUCUUCCCAUUUCCACACGAACUUUACUCAGAUGAUCAUAUUGAUAUUUAAAUGAAAUAUGCAAUAAGAUCAUUAACAAUCUCGAUUAAACGUGAAAAAGUGUGAAAAAUAGAAAGAGAACUGGAUAGCUGAUGCAAGAAUUGUAAUCGUACAACGAAAGCAUAAUGUUUCCCAUCGAGCUGUCUUGCCAAAUUGUUAAUAAAAUCGAAUGCUCUUAAAGGAUUAUUUAAGCGAACGUUGGACGAGAGCUGCAACGCGUUCCCAUACGUGUCUGAGAAUAAUCGAUGCGAAGUCAUUUAGCCCCGGCGAGGGAUAACCGCGGCGCGAAAUUCAAGCUAAUCUGCUUAUCUCUUGGGCUAUAACUCGCUCAUCUAUCAAAACCUUAUUGCGCGCAAUCCAGCGAUAUCGACGUAAAUGAACGAGCUUCAUGACAAAUUAAUUUGCAUUUCCGAGAUCGAUGAUGACACCGAUCGCGAUCACUUCAAUCAACUUUGUCAGAGCGCAUUCUUCCGAUUAACUCUCAGCUCGCCGAAUCGCAUUAGCCGAAGAACGGGAUUUCUCGUCGUUGUCCUGAGGAAUGAUUCCAUCCAUGCCAGUGCUAUAGAUUAACGCAUGAUCGAUUCGAGAUAACGAUGAGAGAGAAGAGAAUAAGGAGGAAGUGAAAGGAGGCGGCUAUUGAUUACGAUCGGUAUUCUUCUUCAGCAUCCGCUAUGGUUGACAACACAGAAAUGACGCAAAUAACGUCGGAAUCGUCGCUGGUAUUUGAAAUGCAAAAUUCAUCGGCGCGCAAUUACACCUAUCCGGAGGACGUUAUCACGUCAAAUGUGACGGUGCAGAUAGUAUUCUGCGCGUUCUACAUCAUCAUCUUCGUACUGGGUAUUUUCGGCAACGUGCUGGUGGUCUUUGUCGUCGGACGAAAUCGCCAGAUGCACACGGUCACUAAUCUCUUUAUCGCGAAUCUCGCACUCAGCGAUGUGCUAUUAUGCGUGCUGGCCGUGCCCUUCACUCCGCUGUACACCUUCCUGGGUGGUUGGGUUUUCGGUGAAACCCUUUGCCAUCUGGUGCCCUACGCUCAGGGUGUCAGCGUGUACAUCAGUACGCUUACAUUGACCAGCAUAGCGGUCGAUCGAUUCCUGGUGAUUAUCUAUCCGUUUCAUCCGCGCAUGAAGAUCGAGAUAUGCCUGGCCAUUAUCGUGAGUAUUUGGGUGAUCGCGCUGGUAGUGACCUUACCGUACAUGGUAUACAUGCAGUUGGAGGAACCUUAUAACAUUACCUAUUGCGAGGAACACUGGCCCAGCGAGCCGUUUCGCAAGGUCUUCAGCUCGCUCACCUCGAUAGUGCAGUUUGUCAUGCCGUUCUUCGUCAUCGCCUUCUGCUACGUGUGCGUGUCAAUCAGGCUAAAUGAUCGGGCGCGCGCCAAGCCUGGUACCAAGACGAGCAAGCGCGAGGAAGCGGAUCGCGAGAGGAAGCGCCGCACCAAUCGGAUGCUGAUCGCCAUGGUCACUAUAUUCGGCGUGUCCUGGCUGCCACUCAACAUCGUCAAUGUCGUCGAUGAUUUCUACUCGCAAGCCAACGAGUGGUCCUACUACAAGCUCUGCUUCUUCAUGUCGCACUGCCUCGCCAUGAGCAGCACCUGCUACAAUCCAUUCCUCUACGCCUGGCUUAACGACAACUUUCGCAAGGAAUUUAAACAGGUCCUGCCGUGUUUCUCGAGAAACUCUAAUGGUGACACUCCGAGGAGCAGGGAGGGCUGCAGAGGCGACAAAUUAUGUAACGGUAAUAAUACCAUGCAAGAGACACUGCUGCCGAGCAACACGACGCGAACGCAGAAUCCCGAGGGAUGCGAGAUGAUUAUUCUGGAGCCGACGACGAACAUCUCGAAAGAGCAGGAUCAACCUUCGAGCUCCUCUAAGGAUUUCGACGAUGCGGCUCUGUGAGAGAAAGUUCACAGAGAAGCCAUCGGGCUCGUUUUAGCGUUAAUGCCGAGGUCGUCGAGCCACUUUCAUACAUUAUUCACGAGAGCUCGCUUGCACGCGAGACGAAUUUGUACGCCGUGAGAUGAUCGGAAACUACAUCAGAGGAAACUGCGUUGGAGGAAACGGCAGCUUCGGAAUUCCCUUUCGUAAAUAUCAAUUGAUUCCCAUAUCGUACUGAUUGUGAGAGCGACGAGAGCGCGUCAACUUUUCUUUUUUCCCAACGAAUUCUCGAUUCCAUGCAAAGUUUCUUUUCCAUUUUCCAUCCUCGUUGUCGAUUUAAACUCGUAUAACGUAUAUAACUCUUAUUUUAUGAGCGCCAAAAAAAAAAAAUUCUUGCCUUAAUCUCUUGCAUGCGUCGUAAUCAGAUUUUAAUGGAGCAGGCAGAUGCGGAGUGAAUAGGCCGCUUUAUCUAGCGAUCGGUUCGAAAACGAAGAUUUCCGCAUCGACGAUGAAUUAUCGUUAAGAUUGAAGUGAUUACUUAAUUGCAAUAUAGAAAAUUGAAACUUAAUUGAGCGAUUAUAUAUAUUAGAAGCAGAUUACAUACCAUAAGAUGUCGAUUAAUUAAAUAUAACUAGUGUAAUUAAUAUCACGUAACAUAAUUUUUUCUCUUUUUAUUCUGAUUUAAUCAGGCAAUUUGUGAUGUUUUAUUAUGUAGUGCUUUAAUAUUCUUAUCUUAUUUGUGUCCUUAAUAAGGAUUGCGCAUACACACACGCACACGUUGUAUAACUCUUUUAUACUUAUCAUUGCAAUAUAAUGUCAUGCUUUUCUUCUAAAUCCAGUUCAUUAAAUAGAUUGCUGAGUGAAGAUAAAAUUACUUCCGAGCAAACAAAAGCGGUGCUAGCGGCAGUGAAAAUAAGCUCUAAUAGAGAAGUUUAAUUUCGCGUCGAGCAACAUAAUCUCCAAGCAAAUGUGUGCGAUAUCUUUCCAGUUUUCCUCAUCUAAUCGAUAUAAUCCGUUUUCGCCGAGCACCAUCAGACCAGAUAGUUAACGAUCGAUGUAAUUAUUAUAAGUCCCGCAGCUAACGUUGAACGUUCCACACUAUUCGCCUGCAAGAAUCAGAAUCGAAUUCUCGCAGCGAACGAGAUCGUAAAUAUCGUAAAUCGUCGUCGUCUCGCUUAUCGAAAGUCACAACCGUUGCCAUUCUCGACGAAGAGAACAUAAAUCGCGUCCCAAACCAAGCUAUCUCCGAACCUAUCACACGCGCUAUUAUCAUAGAUGCAAAAUGUAAAGAGGUCAAACAAAAAAAAAUA